AUGACUACUGAAACGACCGACCAGCCCGAUGCUAGCCAGAGCGAACUGGCAGCAAUCCGUGCAGCUGUACGGAGCCUCUGCGCCGGUUACGGUGAAGACUACUGGCUGCAAAUGGAUCGUGAGCAGGGUUAUCCAGCAGAUUUUGUUGACGAACUCACCCGCGCCGGUUUCCUUGGCGUACUCAUACCGGAACAAUACGGUGGCGCCGGCCUGGGACUUAUGCAGGCUGCUGCGGUAAUGGAAGAGGUCUGUCGCUCCGGCGCUCAUGCAGGUGUCUGCCAUGCGCAAAUGUAUGUCAUGGGUUCUGUACUAAGACACGGCAGCGAACAACAGAAACAGUAUUACCUGCCAAAAAUCGCAAAAGGCGAGCUGCGUUUGCAGAGUUUUGGUGUGACCGAGCCCGGCACCGGCAGCGACACCACGCAACUCACCACCACCGCCCGACGUGAGGGUGAUGAAUACGUCAUCAAUGGCCAGAAGGUCUGGAUCAGCCGUAUCCAACACACCGACCUGAUGUUAUUGCUGGCUCGUACCAGCCCUGCAUCAACCAGUAAAAGUCGGGGGCUCUCGACGUUCAUCAUUGAUGUACACAAAGCGGUUGGUAACGGCCUGACAAUCCAGCCCAUUGAAAGCAUGAUCAAUCACCACUCAUGUGAGCUGUUUUUCGAUGACCUGCGCAUUCCCGCAGACAGCCUGCUGGGUGAAGAAGACGCAGGAUUCAGGGUUAUACUUGAUGGCAUGAACGCUGAGCGCGUACUCAUUGGCGCCGAGUGUGUCGGGGAUGGACGCUACUUCAUCGACAAAGCUGCCGCUUAUGCCAGCAAUCGCGAGGUGUUCGGGCGCCCGAUCGGUAAAAACCAGGGAGUACAGUUUCCCAUAGCUCGCGCAUAUACACAGAUUGAAGCCGCUGCUUUGAUGGUUGAACAGGCAGCCAAACGCUUUGAUGCAAACCUGCCUUGCGGCGCCGAGGCUAAUAUGGCGAAAAUGCUGGCUUCAGAAGCAUCCUGGCAAGCCGCCGAUGUGUGUAUGCAGACCCAUGGCGGGUUUGCAUUUGCCAAGGAAUAUCAUAUCGAGCGCAAGUUCCGUGAAACGCGGCUCUAUCAGAUUGCGCCAAUCUCAACCAACCUUGUGUUGAGCUACAUUGCCGAGCAUGUUCUGGACAUGCCGCGGGGAGGCCUGGGGCGAGCCCACGCUUUACUGCUGGCCCACGAAGGUGCACAUGUUGUUGUUAACGACCUGGGAGGCGAUCGCCACGGCACCGGGGGUGGCACCAGUAUGGCAGACGGCGUGGUGGAGGAAAUCAACGCCGCAGGCGGAUCAGCGGUUGCACACUAUGGAUCUGUCACCGAUGACGCUGAUGCCGCAGGCAUGGUCAAAACCGCGGUCGACACCUUUGGCCGCCUGGACAUUUUAAUCAACAAUGCCGGCAUUCUGCGCGACAAAUCAUUCAAGAACAUGAGUGACGAUGAGUGGGAUAUUGUCAUCGACGUACACCUGCGCGGCACCUACCUGGUCACCAAGCAUGCGUGGCAACAGAUGUUGACCCAGGGCGAAGGUGGUCGAAUUGUCAUGACAAGCUCCACUUCCGGUCUGAUCGGUAACUUCGGUCAGGCGAACUACGGAGCGGCAAAAGCCGGUAUUGCCGGUUUUAUGCGGGUGCUGGCCCUCGAAGGUAUGAAGUAUGGCAUCACCGUGAACGUGCUCGCCCCCGCGGCGCUUUCUCGUAUGACUGAAGACAUCAUGCCCGAUGUACCAGACCUUGGAGAACGGCUGGCGCCUGAAAAAGUCUCACCAACUGUUGUCUGGCUAUGCACAGAUGAUGCCGCCAAGGUCACCGGUCGCCAGUUCUGUGUCAGCGGCAAUCGCACUUCCCUGUUGUCCUGGCAGGUGGAUGUGAUUACUGAGAAAGAUGCUCUGGAUGCACCCUGGACCGUUGAGGAAAUGGGUGAGGCCAUGGCCAAGUCUAUGGAUGCCUGGCCGGAAUUGAAUCGUGAAGUGAUCAGCGCAGCAGUCCUGUUACUGCUGGCGCUUGCCCUGGGCAGCAUCAUUGACGCGUAUGGUUGGGCGUUGUUUGCCGGUUCGGUCACCUGGUCCGUGCUGCAGUGGCGGGAAUACAGAAAAAUAAAGGUGUGGGCCAAACACCCCUUGCGCGCACCUCCAAACACCUCACGGGGCUGGUUUAAACUGGCCAAUUCGCCGUAUCGCUCCCUGCAGCAGGAGCGCGCCCGCUCAAAGCUGUUCAUGACCCGACUGCGGGAGGUGAUGGCGCUGGUUCAGGUGAUCCCGGAUGCCGUGAUUAUUCUUAACAAAGCCGGUGAAAUUGAGGGGUUCAAUAUCGCGGCCCGCAACCUGUUAUUCCUCAAAGACAGCGAUCGCGGUAUUGGCCUGGCAUCCGUGGUACGCAGCCCGGACUUCAUCGCCUUCUUAAAAUCCGGCGCGAGCGACAACCUGCUGGAAUUCACCUCCCCUUUCGACCCGGACAGAAACCUUGAGGCCCGCAGUUUCCCGGUUGAGCAGAAUCGUUUUGUCGUACUGGUACGCGAUAACACCGAACUCAACCGCUUGCUGACCAUGCGACAGAAUUUUAUCGCUAACGUUUCCCAUGAACUGCGGACGCCUUUAACCGUUGUUGCCGGCUAUCUUGAAACCAUUGCCGACAAGGAGCAGCCUGACGAAUUGCGUCUGAGCCUGAUUGACAAGCUCACCUCGCCGUUAAGCCGGAUACGUUCGCUGGUCGACGACCUGCUGCUUCUGACACGUCUGGAAUCUACCCCGGUACCUGCACAACUUGACCCUGUCGCAAUGACAGCAGUAAUCAGCAAUGCCGUCAACGAAGUCAGGGGGCUGGCUCAAUCACCCGGCCAGAUCAGCGUAAAAAUAGAGACUCAGGCGCGUAUCAAAGGUAUUGAAACCGAGCUUUAUUCCGUAUGCGUUAACUUGUUAAGCAACGCGCUGCGUUACAGUCAGGAAGGCAAGCCGGUGACCAUCAGCUGGCGGGAGAUAGACGGCAAAGCGCAGCUUUGCGUGAUUGACCAGGGCGUGGGUAUCGCCCCGGAACACCUCAAUCGCAUCACCGAACGUUUCUAUCGUGUCGACAUGGCAGACGCGCGCACACGCGGCGGCACGGGAUUGGGUCUGGCUAUCGUCAAACACGUACUGCGCCGCCAUCACUCCGAACUUUUUGUGAAAAGUACGGUUGGUCAAGGCAGUGAAUUCUACUGUAACUUCGCCAUCGCAGAACCGGUACAGACGCUCGCUGUCGGUUUCCUUACCGUCGCGAUAGCGGCGUGCGACUCGGGGCCGGCAGAAGAGAUUGAGGUGCGCGGUUUACCUGUGAUCGAGAUCGAACCGAUCCCCCUCACGCUCAGUCAGCCACAGCAACCUGACCAGCAAACGCAACUGCACAAUUAUCAGAGAACGGCAGGGCUUUCAGGCAACAUCAGCAGUGCCGGAUCCGACACUCUGGCUAACCUGAUGACGCUUUGGAGUGAUGCGUUUAAGCGUGAAUACCCCAGUGUGAAUAUCCAGGUUCAGGCGGCAGGCUCAUCCACAGCGCCGCCCGCGCUGACUGAGGGCACCGCCAACCUGGGCCCCAUGAGUCGAGCCUUCAAGGACAAUGAGCUGGAAGCGUUCCAACAGCGCUACGGCUACAAGCCAACGGCUAUCCGGGUCGCCAUUGAUGCUGUCGCGGUCUAUGUCCAUAAAGAUAAUCCUCUGGAUGCCAUGUCUAUCGAGCAGAUCGAUGCAACGUUUUCCGUCACCCGGCGUUGUGGCGGACGCCAGGAUAUUCGCUUCUGGGGCGAUCUCGGGCUAUCCGGCGGCUGGCGGGAGCGCCCGAUCCAGAUCUAUGGACGUAAUUCAGUGUCCGGCACCUACGGCUACUUUAAAAGUGUUGCCCUGUGUGCAGGUGACUAUAAAAAUUCCCUCAAUGAACAACCCGGUUCAGCUUCAGUGGUGCAGGCCGUAGCUUCUUCACUGAAUGGCAUCGGCUACUCCGGCAUUGGCUACAAGACAUCGGGUAUCAAAUCUGUACCGAUAGCCCGUCGCGGCAAUUUUCCGAUUCCAGCAACCACGCAGACAGCGGCCGACGGCAGCUACCCACUGUCACGCUAUUUCUACAUCUACGUUAACAAACCACCCAACCAGCCGUUACUGCCUGUCGAACAGGAAUUCAUCCGCAUGGUGUUGUCGGCCCAGGGGCAGGCGAUCGUCGAAAAGGAUGGUUACAUUCCAGUAUCGGCACAAAUCGCACACCGAUUACGCUAUCUGGUGACCUUGGGUGGAUCCACAGUACUUGCGGCCAUUGUGCUGAUUUUUCUUUAUCUGUUGUGGACCGUGGCACCUGCUUUUGCACCGGCAAGCAUUACGGAUCGGGGGCAGAUCGCCUUGGUCAGCCGCGAAGCCCGCCUGGUUGAUUUCAAUGAGGCGGGUGAUGUUCUAAUGCGUCUCGCGGCUGAUGGCAUCACGGAAUUUGUUGAAGUAGACAGCGGCAUUCCACUAAUCAGUUAUGACCUGGGAUUUCGGGUCAACCAGGCCCAACGUGUUUACCCGACUUUGGACAUCUAUGCCGUCCUCGACGAAAACCAGCGACUGUGGCUGGUGCGUGCCAGCUAUGAGGUAGAUAUCACCGCUGGCGUUCGCAGUGUGACCCCCCGCCUGGAAGCGGCCUUUUCGAACCAGUUUAUUCCACUGGGCAAAACCAACACCUUCGACGUUCACCUGGCCAAUGACAGCCUGGUCAUUGCCAGUAUGAACGACACGCAAAUGUCACUGUUGCGCUAUGACAAUGCGGAACUGGGUUUACCUCUACUGAAUGCGACCCAGGCAAAUCUGACCGUAGACAACAGUGUUGAAAAAAUUAUUCUGGGGCCACGCAACGAAUGGGUGUACCUGCAGGACAACGACAACAGCCUGCACGUCUACGACAUCACCGAACCCAACCGCAUGCGUGAGUUGUUUCACACACAACUGGCAUCAACGACCCGCAGCUUGACGGCAACAGUGGCGCUGCUGGGACGUCAGUCUAUUCUUGCGGCAGACGACCGUGGUGUUGUCACGCAAUGGACCGCUGUCCGCGACGAUCUGGGUUUCCGGAUGCAACCUAUCCGAAACUUCGACCUCGGUUCAGCAAUUCACACGCUGGUCAACGAACCCCGACGCAAAGGCAUUCUUGCCGGCACCAGCGACGGUUAUCUACAUUUAAUUUACCCCACAUCAGGCAAAGCUCAAACCCAAUACGCAGCAGAUCAAACGCAACAGCGUGUCAACGCUGUAUCACCCCGGGCAGAUCAAUUUGUCACCGCAGACAACAGUCGUCUGCACGUAUUUCAGUUAGAUAAUCCUCACCCGGAAUUGUCAUUUUCCGCUUUGUGGAGCGAGGUCUGGUACGAAGGUUACAGUGAACCUGUUUACAGCUGGCAGUCAUCUGCUGCAGACAACGAUUUUGAGCCGAAGUUUUCUCUGGUGCCACUGGUGUUUGGCACCUUGAAAGCCGCUUUCUAUGCACUUCUGUUUGCUCUGCCUCUGGCGGUCAUGGGGGCGAUUUACACCGCUUAUUUCAUGCCCGCCCACAUCAGGGCCUGGGUGAAACCCGGCAUCGAAGUCAUGGCUGCCCUGCCUACAGUCAUCCUGGGAUUUAUUGGCGGCUUGUGGCUUGCACCGAUUGUUGAACAGGAGUUAGCCAGCGUCCUGUCCGCGUUUGUUCUGGUGCCCGGCGCCCUUAUUGGUUGCGCACUAUUCUGGUCCGUUCUGCCCACCUCAAGGCGGGACAGAGUUGUGGGCGGUUAUGCGCUGCUGGUGGUACCGGCCAUUGUCGCUGCCAUCACUUUAGGCUUUCAGAUUGGCCCGUGGUUCGAAAACGCAUGGUUUGGAGGAGACAGCCGCACCUGGCUAAGGGAAGUGGCUGGCCUGGAUUAUGCUCAGCGUAACGCCCUCGUUGUAGGCAUGGUCAUGGGGUUAGCGGUAAUCCCACCUAUUUUCUCCAUUGCCGAAGAUGCAAUCCACGGUGUGCCGGCGCACCUGGUGAACGGCUCGUUAGCACUGGGCGCAACACCCUGGCAGACCUUAAGCCAGGUUGUGCUGCUGACCGCAGCACCCGGCAUAUUCUCUGCCAUUAUGGUCGGCGUUGGUCGAGCUGUUGGCGAAACCAUGAUUGUUCUGAUGGCCACAGGCAACACACCCAUCAUGGACUUCAAUGUGUUUGAGGGCAUGCGUACUUUUGCCGCCAAUAUCGCUGUGGAAUUGCCGGAAACAGAAGUAAACAGUUCGCACUAUCGGAUUCUGUUUCUGACCGCGUUUGUACUGUUCAUGAUCACCUUCUUUUUCAACACAAUUGCUGAAAUCGUUCGUGAGCGCUUGCGCAGUGAACGGGUCGAAGUCAGCACACUGUCGCGGAUUCAGUAUCUGGAAGCUGGCGGUGACGACAACCGUCUGUCCGCUGAUGCGCAAGAGGUUGAGCGAUGGUUGUUCAACACCGGCAACCGCCGCACCAACCCACCCGAUUUUCGCUGGGUUUAUGCCCACGAUGUCACGCAUAUAGAAACACCGGUAGAGCUUGCCAAAAUCGAACGGAUUGAAUGGGGCCCCGCUUUCGGGCGUAUUCUCGAACUGCGCUUUGACAACGCAGACGGCAGCAAAAGAAUUGUCAGUGGCGUUGAACUCAACACCCUGUUACAGACCACACUGGCGCGCCUCAACACCAACCGGGCAGCCAUCGCCAGCCUCGAGCGGGGCACCAUCAAUCAGAUUAACGCUGACCUGAAAGCCAUUCGUCUGCAGCAGCGUGCACUGAACAUGGACCCUCCUGCAGAUGCUGCAACUCGCCAGCAACAGCUGGCAGGACAGGAAGCUGUAUUGCUGCAAACCUACCGGGAACAGGAGCAGGUCCUCAGCUCUUUGCUGAAGAACCUUGAAGGCAGCGCACUGCUGCUUGAAAUACAACGCAACACUGCCAGGCAGAUUGAACUGGCUGACACCCUUUAUGUGACCUACCCCAACAACAUGAGUAGCCUGGCAAAAGCUGGCACUUUCCUGUCGAACAUCGGUCGCUUUCUGAGUGACGACCCACGCGAGGCAAAUACCGAAGGCGGCGUUUUUCCCGCCAUUUUUGGUACGGUGUUGAUGGUUUUGUUGAUGUCUGUGGUAGUCACCCCGGUUGGCGUGGUGACAGCGAUCUACUUACACGAAUAUGCCAGCCAGACCACUUUAGUGCGUAUGUUACGUAUCGCCGUCAGCAACCUGGCUGGUGUACCUUCUAUUGUUUACGGGGUUUUCGGGCUGGGAUUUUUUGUUUACUUCCUCGGCGGCAACAUCGAUCAACUGUUCUACGCUGACGCUCUCCCGGCCCCGACUUUCGGCACACCAGGCCUGUUCUGGGCAUCACUUACCCUUGCCCUGCUGACCGUACCGGUUGUUAUCGUCUCUACUGAGGAAGGACUGGCACGCAUACCGAAAAGCUUGCGCGAAGGGAGUUUGGCACUGGGCGCCACCCGCGCCGAAACUCUGAUGCAGGUUGUACUACCCAUGGCCACACCCGCCGUGCUGACUGGCGUUAUUCUGGCGGUAGCCCGCGCUGCAGGCGAAGUUGCACCGCUGAUGCUGGUUGGGGUUGUUAAACUGGCACCCGCCCUGCCUAUCGAUGGCGAAUUCCCAUUCCUGCAUCUGGACCGCAAAUUCAUGCACCUCGGCUUUCACAUUUAUGACGUUGGUUUCCAGAGCCCUAACGUCGAAGCUGCCCGACCACUCGUGUACGCUACCGCACUGCUGUUAAUCAGUAUUAUCGUUGGCCUGAACUUAGCGGCCAUAACUCUGCGCCAUCGUUUAGAAAAGCGUUAUCAUACCCUGAGCGCGCCAAAAGUCAGCAUCAGCGUUAAAAAUCUGAACAUGCAAUACGACAACAGUUUUGCUUUGAAAAACAUCAACGUCGACAUACCCGCGCAGAAAGUGACCGCCUUUAUCGGCCCUUCAGGCUGCGGCAAAUCUACCCUGUUACGUUGUUUCAAUCGUAUGAACGAUCUGAUCAACAACGCGAUGAUCGACGGCAGCAUCGAACUGGAAGGGGACAACAUCUAUGACCCGAGAGUAGAUGUCGCAGAACUCCGACGCCGCGUUGGCAUGGUUUUCCAGCGUCCCAAUCCAUUCCCUAAAACCGUUUAUGAGAACGUUGCCUAUGGGCUCAGAAUCCAGGGCGAGAAAUCUACCGCAGUGAUUGAUCAGAGCGUGGAAUGGGCACUGCGCAGCGCAGCGCUCUGGGAGGAAGUGCGCGACCGCCUGCACGAAUCUGCACUGAGUCUUUCUGGCGGGCAGCAGCAGCGAUUGGUUAUUGCACGGGCAAUCGCGGUAAAACCAUCUGUACUUCUGCUGGAUGAGCCCGCAUCCGCACUGGACCCGAUUUCCACUCUGAAAAUUGAGGAACUGAUCCAUCAGCUCAAAGAUGAUUACACCAUCGUGAUUGUCACCCACAAUAUGCAGCAGGCGGCAAGAGUUUCAGAUUUCACCGCGUUCCUGAAUCUAGGUGAGCUGGUGGAAUAUGGCGACACGGAUACGAUUUUUCAACAGUACGACCUUGAACUGGGUGGUAUCCGCGACCAGCUGAUGGAAAUGGGUGGCCUGGUUGAACAACAGGUGAAAGAUGCCUGCCUUGCUUAUUUCACCCAUGACCUGUCUCUGGCGGAAGACGUUCGCGUAAAUGAGAAAAAACUUAAUCGCAUGGAACUGCGUCUGGAUGAUCAAUGUGUAGGCAUCAUCGCCCGGCGUCAGCCUGCGGCCGGAGAUUUACGCAAUAUUGUUGGUGUGAUGAAGGCCAUCACUGACCUGGAACGUAUUGGUGAUGAAGCCAACAGAAUCGCUAAAAUGUCGAUCAAGAUUGCCAGUCACGAAAUUCCUACCCAUCAAUAUGGCGACUUGCGUGCCAUGCACGACAAGGUCAACGUCAUGCUGACGGAAACCCUUGAUGCGUUUGCACGGGUCAAUGAAGACGUUGCGCAACUAGUGAUUCGCGCUGAUGACGCCGUUGAUGAUCUCUAUGAUGCGAUUGUCGCCCAAUGCACCCUUCAAAUGCAGAAGGAUCCCGCUAACAUCCCGCACCUGCUGAGCACAAUCUGGGUUGCCCGUUCGCUUGAGCGUAUUGGUGACCAUGCAAAAAAUAUGGCCGAAUAUGUCAUUUUCCAGGUAUUGGGCAAGGAUGUACGCCACCCAAGCAGUGCAAAGACCUGA